UCCAACAAACAUGGCGGCGCCCGGGACACGAAAGAAAGUUAUCCAGAAAGAUGACUUAAAACGUUUGAUGAGAGAGCGAAAGGAGGCACUAAGCCAGUCAUCAAAGAAGAUUACGUCGCCAUACGCAAGGUACAACAGUUUAGGUCAACUGACUUGUUCGGUAUGUGUGGUCCACGUGAAGAGCGAGACUCUGUGGACGGCUCACGUUCUUGGGAAAGCGCACAAACAGUCCACCUCAAAAAAGGCAAAGGGGCCUCUCCUUAUGGCUGAUUACUCGUCAGAUGAGGACAUGGACGUUGGUGAGUCCACACCAAAUCCAAAGCCCACAGAAUCUGCACUUCCGAAAGACUUUUUUGAUAAACCAUCCGUGAAUCAGCCCAAAGAAACUACUGCAAGUCAGCCUCCACAGCCAAAGCCACAGACAUCGUCUAAAAAGGCACCUGCAGAAGCCUUACCAGAGGGCUUCUUUGAUGACCCUGUCUUGGAUGCAAAGGCAAGGAAUGUGGAAUACAAGGACCCGAUUGAAGAGGAGUGGGAGAAGUUUAAGAAGGAAAUAGCGGAGGAAACGACGGUGUCGGAAGCUAUCAUGGCUGAAGAUAUAGAGGAGAGCAAGGUGGAGCGUGACAUAGAAGAAAUAGAUGAGCAGAUUCACAACUGGCAACGGGUUGACCAGCUGCAGCAGAGGAAAGAAGAGCUCAUGAAGAAGGAAGUCACCGUAGAGGAAGACAAUCAGGACGACAAGAGUGAUUUGGAAGAUGAAGAGUACGAGGAAUUCCUUAGCUGGCGAGCGAAGGGUGUAUGGAAAGAAUGAAUGCAUUUCACUUUGUCUUCUUAUGGAGUGAUCAAGGGAUGCCUUGCUCUACCGGUGUCUCCCUUGGAAGAACUUCAACAUGUGAUGUCCAUCAAUGCCUCAGUACUUUCUCUGAAACUUCUGGCUGCCUCUGCUAGACUCUGCUGUUGUGUGGAAGAAACUAUUCCAGCUUCAUCUCUUCCUGUGAGCUAUUCUGGACAUCUGAAAAAUAUAGGAUAUUGCGCCAGAGAUGUUGUGAAGAGUGUUGCACGACGCGUCGUCACGCCACUGCAACAUCAUUAAGACAUUGUUCAUUGCCAUAGUCACAGGCUUUUGAGUUGCAUUAAAGUUGUAUAAAGUGUACAGUUUUAAAAUAACAUUGUAGUCGUUGUAUAUUUGUUUUCACUCUCAGGCGAUGCAUCUCAUGCAUUUAUGGUCAUCCUGAAGUAUUGUUUUCUGAGAAACUAAAAGAGGUAUUUACAUAA